AUGGCCUUGACACUGUUGAGGUUGGCUCCCGUGCCCGCGUCCGCGCGGGGCCUCGCGGCGGUGGCCCAGCGCUCGGGAGGAAUCCAUACGAGUGUACAGGGCCAGAGGCAGUUUGGCCCUUUGGCAUUCAUAUUUGGUGACAAAACAACAAAAAAGCUGACAAAAUUCAGCAAAGUGAUAACCGUCGAUGGCAAUAUACGUUCUGGAAAAAGCAGGCUUGCAAAAAUAGUAGCAGAGAAACUAGGUUUGAAGCACUUUCCUGAAGCAGGAAUACACUAUGCAGACAGCACUACGGGGGAUGGAAAACCUCUGGAUAUGCAGUUUAGUGGCAACUGCAGUUUGGAGAAGUUUUAUGAUGAUCCCAAAAGUAACGAUGGCAACAGUUAUCGCCUGCAGUCCUGGUUGUAUGCCAAUCGCCUCCUGCAGUACGCAGACGCCUUAGAACACUUGCUGAGCACAGGGCAGGGUGUCGUGUUGGAGCGCUCCAUCUUCAGCGACUUUGUGUUCUUGGAGGCAAUGUACAAGCAGGGCUUCAUCCGGAGGCAGUGUGUGGAUCACUACAACGAGGUGAAGAAAGUGACCAUCUGCGAUUACCUGCCUCCUCACCUGGUGAUCUACAUCGACAUGCCCGUUCCAGAAGUCCAAGCUCAGAUUCAGAAGAAGGGAGAUCCACAUGAGAUGAAGAUCACACCUGCCUAUCUUCAGGACAUCGAGAACGCCUAUAAGAAGACCUUCCUUCCUGAAAUGAGUGAAAAAUGUGAAGUUUUACAGUACAGUGUAAGGGAAGCUCAAGAUGCAGAAAAGGUGGUGGAGGACAUUGAAUACCUCAAGUUUGACAAGGGGCCGUGGCUCGACCAGACUGACAGUACCUUCUACCAUCUGCGAAUGCUGGUUCAGGAUAAGGUGAAGGUGCUGAAUUACACAACCAUUCCAAUCUAUCUCCCAGAAAUCACGAUUGGAGCUCACCAGAGUGGCCGAGUCUUCCGUGAAUUCCAUGAGCUGCCAGGCCGCAAGUACUGUCCCGGGUAUAAUGCGGACGUGGGCGACAAGUGGAUCUGGCUGAAAUGA